GGCAGAGAGAUGGCGUCACUCUUGGAGCCGGUUGUGGUGGUGGGCGGAGGUGACAUCAUCUUGUUGCAUCAUCCCGGUGAUGUCGUGACAGAACUUCACCUCAUUGUAUUGUGACAUGAGGCCAUCACAGUGCUAUCCUUACACCAAAACGUCAGCAAUGAGCUACUAUAUCAUGUCAGGUGUCUAAAUUGAUACAGACAUACACGCUGACAGUUAAUCUUUACAAGCAAAUUGGCAUUCCGACCAACUGCUGACUAAAGAAAAACUCAAUUUCCCAGAGUCCUUUCAGAGACGGUGGAGUCAAAGGUUGUCAUUGGCUGAAGGCUUCCCUCUGUGAUUGGUACUACAGGAUCAGUAGUGAAGGUGAGGAGAGAUUUACCGACAGACAGAUCAAGUCAGAGCACUGUAGUACAAAAAACACUGAGUUUAAUGGAACCAGCUAAGGAAGAAGAAAGCAGUGUUCAAGAUGAGGCUGUGGACAAAAGGAACUUUAAGAACUGCAAUCACAUUGCUUUCUACAGGCGUCAGAAACUUCUGCUUCCUGGGAAGUCCUUGUAUCAAGCAUUGUUGGAUUCGGUUACAUUAUGCAAUGAUAGUGUCAAACUCCAAAUAAUUAGUGAGAAGAAUAAGGUUCCUCUCCUAGUGGAAAUUUAUGCAAUAGAUGGCAACAUUUUCAGGCUUAAAAUUAAUGAGAUAUCUCCUCUCAAAUCAAGGUAUGAAGUCCCUGAUGUUCUCAUAAAAGAACCUACCACUCAGAGGCUCUCUAUAGCCCAGAAGGAAACAGGUAUUCUGGUAUUGACAUGUGCCAAUGAGGACUGCAAGCUUCACAUCACAGCAAAUCCAUUCCAGAUAGAACUAGAGUCCAAGGGUGAGACUGUACUGAGUGUGAACACCAAUGGCCUGUUGUACUUCGAGCAUCUACAGCCGCCACCCCAAAACAGCAAAACUACAGCACAAAAGGAGGAGGAUGCAUCAAUUGACUCCUCUCAGGAAAAUCAAGAGGAUCUGGGUCUCUGGCAGGAGGAAUUUGGCAGUUUUUUAGACAUCAAAGCUAAUGGUCCCAGUUCCAUAGGCUUGGAUUUUUCUUUGCAUGGAUGUGAACAUGUCUAUGGAAUACCAGAGCAUGCAGAAACACUUCUCCUCAAAAACACCAGUGACGAUGAUGCCUACCGGCUUUUUAACUUGGAUGUCUAUGGGCACAAGAUCCAUGACAAAAUGGGCAUUUAUGGUUCAGUGCCCUUUCUGUUAGCACAUAAACCUAACAGAACUUCUGGGAUCUUCUGGCUGAAUUCCUCAGAAACUCUAGUGGAGAUUAAUACAAAAGCUGUAAUGGAGCAUGUACCAUCCAGAUCUCCUCCAGCCAUAACUAAGCAGAAAGUGGUGCCUCAAACUGAUGUGCGCUGGAUGUCAGAAAGUGGAAUAAUUGAUGUUUUCCUCCUAAUGGGACCCACCCCUUUUGAUAUCUUCAAGCAAUAUGCACAAUUGACAGGCACUCAAGCCCUGCCUCCACUCUUCUCCUUGGGCUACCACCAGUGCCGCUGGAACUAUGAGGACGAGCAGGAUGUAAAGACAGUAGACACUGGCUUUGAUGAGCAUGACAUCCCCUAUGAUGUUAUAUGGCUGGACAUAGAGCACACAGAAGGAAAGAGGUACUUCACCUGGGACAAGAAAAAAUUCCAGCACCCCGAAAGGAUGCAGGAACAGCUCAAGAGGAAAAAACGCAAGCUUGUGGUCAUUAUAGAUCCUCACAUUAAGGUUGAUCCCAUGUACGCCCUAUACUCUCAGGCCAAAAAGAAGGGGUAUUUUGUGAAGAAUAGGAAAGGCCAAGACUUUGAGGGCAUCUGUUGGCCAGGUUCCUCUUCUUACCUGGAUUUUACCAAUCCUGAAGUCCGAAAAUGGUAUGCAGAUCAGUUUGCCUUCAAAUCAUAUAAGGGCUCUACUGACAUCCUGUUUGUAUGGAAUGAUAUGAAUGAGCCUUCAGUCUUCAAAGGGGCAGAACUAACCAUGCAGAGAGAUGCUGUCCACCAUGGCAACUGGGAACACCGGGAGGUUCACAAUCUCUAUGGCUUUUACCAGCAAAUGGCAACUGCAGAAGGACUUAUCAAACGCUCUGGGGGACAGAAGAGGCCAUUUGUCCUCACACGAUCUUUCUUUGCCGGAUCACAGAAGUAUGGUGCAGUAUGGACAGGAGACAACGUAGCAGAGUGGAGUUACUUAAAAAUCUCCAUUCCAAUGUUGCUCACAAUCAGCACUGCAGGAAUUUCAUUCUGUGGAGCUGAUGUGGGCGGGUUUAUUGGGGACCCAGAACCAGAGCUACUUGUUCGCUGGUAUCAGGCUGGUGCACACCAACCAUUCUUCAGAGGCCAUGCCAAUAUCGAAAGCAAACGGCGUGAACCAUGGCUAUUUGGGGAUGAGAACACACGGAUCAUCAGAGAAGCCAUUAGAGAGCGCUACACCCUUCUGCCCUACUUGUAUUCACUGUUCUACCGGGCACACACCACUGCUGAGCCAGUCAUGAGGCCUCUCUGGGUAGAGUUCCCCAAGGAACAAGAAACUUUUGGUGUGGAAGACGAAUACAUGCUGGGAAACGCUUUACUGGUGCAUCCAGUCAUUGAACAAAAGGCCACUACAGUGAAUGUUUUGCUGCCUGGGUCAGAUGAGGUGUGGUAUGACUUCAGAAGAUUUAGACGACUGGACUAUUCAGGAACUCUAAAGAUCCCAGUAACACUGGAGAGUAUUCCAGUGUUCCAGCGAGGGGGGAGUGUGGUGCCCCUUAAGACCACAGUAGGAAGAUCCACUGAAUGGAUGACAGAUAUUUCUUACGAACUCCGUGUUGCUCUGGACUCCAAGGACUUUGCAGUAGGUGAGCUCUAUCUGGAUGAUGGGCAUUCAUUUCAGUACCUUCAUAAGAAGCAAUUCCUGCACAGGAAAUUCACUUUCCACAAGAAUGUUUUCUCUUCCAGCUGUGCUGAUGAAAUUGGGCAGUACCACACACAAUGUGUAGUUGAACGGGUACUAAUUCUGGGAGUUCAAAAGCAACCCACAUCUGUGACAGUCAGUCUCCAGGGUAAGAGAGAUGGGAAAGACAAAGAAGUGGUUUUCACAUAUGAUGCCAAGACCUCCAUGUUGACACUCGAAAAACUAUUAUUAAAUGUUGGUGCUGACUGGGAAAUUCACAUCAAGUGAGAGGAGAAACUGUGUCUUCAAAGAACUGGAUGGAAAGUUGAAAGGAAAUGGUUCUGAAGGACUUAAAUUUCUCUCUUGAAUCUGACUAGUUUGAAAUAAUGUAGGCAGAACUAUAGCAGCCCCAGACUAAUCUUUCUUAACAUUUUAAAAAAAAAAUUGAUUUAAUCUAGAUUUGACAAGCUCUUCCCUGGUCAGUAGCUGGCAAAAGUAAUAGUAAUGCGAUCAUAUCACUGGAAAAGGCUCAUCGCUGUCCUGCUAAGGCUGGUUUCAUUUUGGCAGACAGGAUUCUGCAGGCAGUGAGCUAAAUUCUGCGCUCCCUUACACCCAUGCAAUAAAGUCCCCCAUUAGGCUGUGGAAGAGACUGGGCCUGGUUUUCAAGGUCUUAAACCCAAGAAUUUCUAGUUUUUAAAUUUCAGGCAGUUUUCUAUGUGUCUGCAAAUCACGGCUAUUUUGACUGUUCAGCAAAUAGGGCAUUUCAGAGAGGGAGGAGGGGAGGAGCCCUGAAUCAGCUCUAUCAAAGAGCAUUGAUGAAUCUAUGCAAAAUGAAAAGGACUAAAAUGUAUGUCUAGGACAUUGUGUGCAAACUAUCUUGGGCAGAACCAACUUGAAUGAGUGUGAUUACUUCUGUUACAAGCAUUCCCUUUCUGUCCCCACAACCCUAGCCUACAAGCCAAGGAACAGCCCUACAGUCUGUUUACGGGAAAGUAAAUAACAGAGCUGGGUGAACAGUUCAGCUGUUGAAUCUGAACUCAGCCCAAAGUUAAGGAUUGUGAGGGCAGUAUGUACCAGGUGAUGUGCGUGAAUAAAGGAUAAUAUGGGAA